AGUACUGGCCAAAACUAGGUCAUUUACUUGACGUUACUCCAUGUUUUUUAAGCAGACCCCUAAUCUGCAUAAAUAGUAUUGACGACUGGCUACAGGGUAAUUUCUUGACAAACUGGAACAGCCUUUUUUAGCGUGAACUAUGAGACCACGGAAAAGGAAUCAUGCGGAUCACGUAACAGUCUCGCUAGCGGUACUUGUCUGCCUGUGGCAAGCUCCAUUUGUGUCGAGUUUGUCAAUCAUAGCACCUGGAGAUGUCGUGGCCGGUCGUCCGUUUACCUUGGAGUGCAAGAUAGCCAGAUCGGCAGACAACAAAGAUAUUCCGCAGUGGUUUUACCGCUAUAAUCAGACCACAUCCGAGAUAUACUCCUCCCGUUAUUGUAAUCAAUCAAUACCAAUACACCCGGCAGCACCAGCAGGAUUAUCAGGGGGUUGUCAACACGUCAAUGGAGAAGAGGUUUACACAGUGACGAUACAGAACGUAACUAAAGACACGGGUCGGGGCAUAUGGAUAUGUCUAUAUGCAAGCAGGGGAGUCAAUGUUUCUCUGGAUGUGAAAGUAAUGGUCACUCUGGUAACUCUGACGAACCCUCCUGAUGUAGUGUUAGCCGGUAAACCCUCCAACUUUACCUGUGUGACCUCAGCCAGUAAGCCCCAGGCCUGCAUAAUGGCGUACAUACGGAGUUCUGGUAAUGUCCGGGAGCUAGAUCCGCGUGCCUGUAACCAGGACACCAGCUCGGUACAGAUCACAAGCCGGACCCUUACUUUUACAGCCAGCGCGAAGGAGAACGGAGCUGAGCUGUACUGUAACGCCUCCAACAGUGUGACGGAUCCCCCUGUACGCUCACAUGUCUACGCAGUCAGUGUACAAUGUGAGUAA